UGGUAUAAAAACGAGUUCAAAUGUUUUAACUGACAUUGACGUUAAGUUGAGCGAAAAUGGAGGGAAAAUUUGUUGUGUUGGUCGCUGCGGUUUGCGUUGUAUAUUGUGUAUCUAUAGUCGAUUCUAGGAAUGCACUCGGCGAUGAAAUAACCGAUCACAGAAUUGAAAGGAGAUUCAUAAACCCAUCUUUAUCUAUAGGAGCUGGCUUUUCAGACUCACGCGUUUCUAGAAUCAGAACUAAGCGAAGUGAGGAAGAAUGUGAAAAACUGGGACUGUGCAAGCUCCACGCGCGUGCGCAGCGCAACUUCAUAGCAGCGUUUCAACUUUACUUCGUAAACAAAGAGAACGCCAGGCUCUGGGACCAUCAACCACACUCGAUGUCAGAAUGCUACCGCACAUACAGCUGUUAUAGAUAA